AUGCAUCCCAAAGACUCUAUCAAGUCCACCUGGCCUCUUGGCAACAAGUCGGAAUGGGGUGUUAGCCAUCACAUCAUACAUGCCUUGAACACCUACCCUAUCGGCCCAGGCGAGGACGUGCCUGUGCAUAAAAAAGACCGACAAGAUGCCCUAUUUCUCUCAGUGGCAGAACCACGUAUGGGUUCUCUUGCACGCCUUUGCGCCAAUUGCAAUUCACCAAGCUUUGCUAUCUUCUGGACUGUUGUUCGAGAAGUCAAAGCUGCACGCAAACUGGGGCAUCAGUAUGGGUUCCUAGAUGGUGACUCUCAUGAGCGUGAUGGGAUCCCGGAUGUUGGAGUUGACAAGGUGGUUACGUCUCUGUGGAAGACGACUGGGUCACGUAUCCUCUUGGCGACAUGCAUCAGCUACAAGACCGGACAGUCUCCAUUGUCUGUCAUGAGCGACUGGUCUUGGUGGGUAUGGCUAUACCUCCAAAUCGGACUAUACGGCAUCAUUCUCGACUUUUGGUUCUAUGUCUACCAUCGGGCUAUGCACGACAUUGAUUCUUUGUGGAAGUAUCAUCGAACUCAUCACCUGACGAAACAUCCCAAUACUCUUCUUGCCGCCUAUGCCGACCACGAGCAAGAGUUUUUCGACAUGGUUGGAGUGCCGUUCCUAACAUGGGCGACAUUUCAGUGUCUCGGUAUCCCGCUGGGCUUUUAUGAGUGGUGGGUCUGUCACCAGUACAUUGCGUUCACAGAGGUCCUUGGCCACAGUGGACUCAGAGUCUGUGGUAUGCCUCCCUCGACUCUGAAUUGGUUGUUGCAGCUGGUUGGCGCUGAACUUGUGAUUGAGGAUCAUGACCUGCAUCAUCGCAAGGGAUAUAGAAAGAGCCACAAUUACGUAAACUACUGA